AAAGGUGUUGGUCAUCUGAGGUCUUCUUAAGAGGCUGGACCCAAACUGAAGCUGAUGUACUCUCUAGUCACCCGUCCGAGAUAAAACAGAAAAGCAAAUGGAGAAUAAUUAGCAUAGCUGCUGUUCAUAAUGUUGAAUAUAUGGCCUAUCUGGAUCCUGAUAGCCCAAAUCCAAAUAAAGUGUGUUCUGCUGACAGACCUCCAAACAGACCAACUGAACUUAGAAUUGAUAUGAAUGCUUUGAUUCAACAAGGAAUCCGACGACAACAGACCAAACUCGUCAAGAAAAUGAAGAAGGCGAAGAGCUGUUGGACAACCGAAGAUCAGCACUGCGGCCAAGGAAAUAAUCAGAAUGCUUAGACAACAGCAGAGAAUUCAUGUAAAAUUGAUUUCAUUAGUUAAAAAAUCUUUUGCUUUGAAUACUUAUAAUGAUGAUUUAGCCAAGAUCACAGAGAUUGAAACACUGUCUACCAAAACAGCGCUUUCAAGUUCUCCUGUGACCAACUGAGUGUAUUGACUUCCUGUAACUGACUUCCUGUUGUGGUCCAUAAAACAACUGGGGCCAACUGAAAUGUGUGUAUUUCAAAGAAGCUACCCUAUGCUUUUUUGCUUAUACUUACUAUAGAAUCUAAAGGUUAACAGGAAAACUAGGGGGGCAUAGGUCUGUGUGUGUGUGUGUGUUUACUAUAGCCUAGUUUUUUUUUUCUUUCCGUGAACUAUGUUUUUCUUUUCUUCUACGAAAUAAGGUGACAAAUAAGUUCCUCCUCUUUGUGAUGAUUACAAAGUGUGAAACUUGCAUCAGAACCCCUGCCGACUUGGUGAAGACUGAUCUCUCUGUUUAUGUGAAGUUUAUUCUGAACUUUGUUAUUAAAAGAUACCAGUAUAGUUGGUAAUUGUAAUCAUUUAAAACGAGUCUCAGAGUGAAUUAUUCUUUCAUAAACCUAUUAUCUGAAACCUGAAUAUAAAUAUAUAUCUAUAUAAGAUAUAUAUAGAUAUAUAUUAAUUCCUUCAAGCUUCACGAACAUUAAUGAACCCAAGCUGAGUGUGGCUGGAUAUACCUUAGGAAUUAUUAAUCAACUGGUUUUAUCAUCUUCCCCAGACAAUCUGCAGAAACUCACCUACAUCCAUCAGUACGUCUUGUGGUAGCCUACUUUAAGUGACACAGAGCUGCUAAUUUCUCUCAGGGGAUCUUAAAAGAGAUCACAAAAUGUCAAGUCUAAAUUUCAAAGGAUAUUCACUGCCUCGUAUGAUUUCUAUAGUGGCAUUUGCAGGUCUCAUCUCUCUGUCUAUCUUCUAUUACUGGACCUCAAUUGCAAACAACUGUGCAGCUCCACUGCCUAAUCCGAAACAAUACUUGGACAAUCAUUUUGACAAGAACGGCAGCAGCUUCUCAGAAGAUAAACCUAUUCUUCUUCUAUGGGUCUGGCCUGAAAAUUACAGGUUUGAGCUGAGUGAUUGCAAAAAAUUUUACAAUAUCGACGGUUGCCUUUUGACAGAUAAUAGAUCCCUCACUAGCAAUGCAGAUGCUAUCCUCAUUUUUCACAAAUCCAUCAGUUGGGACCUGUCCAACCUUCCUCCAUCUCCUCGUCCUAAAUUCCAGAGUUGGAUAUGGUUUCAUGUAGAAUCCCCAACCAACACUGUAAAAAUACCAGGUCUGGAAAACCUGUUCAAUCUCACUCUCAGCUACAGACGUGAUGCUGACAUUACUGUACGGUUGAACUUGAUCGCCAAGAGUAAACCAAAUGAGGAGUUUGUGAUUCCCAAAAAGGACAAACUGGUGUGUUGGAUUGUGAGUAACAAUGCUGCGUCAACGGGCGUCGGCACAAGGAACCAGUUUUACCAAGAAUUCAGCAAACACAUUGAAGUGCAUAUGUUCGGAAAGGCUUAUUCAAAAUUUCUGGAUUAUAACGAAUAUUAUCCUACCUUGGCGAGCUGCAAGUUUUACCUUUCCUUUGAGAACUCCAUCCACAAGGACUACAUCACAGAGAAGCUCAAUGGGCCGCUUUCUGUAGGGACCGUCCCUGUGGUUUUGGGUCCUCCGAGAAAAAACUAUGAAAACUUUGUUCCCGGCGAUGCCUUCAUUCAUGUGAAUGACUUCCCAGAUGCAAAGUCACUGGCAGAACAUCUGCUUCAGCUGGACAAGGACGACGAAGCAUAUGGCAGGUUCUUUACCUGGAGGAAACAUCUCACUGCAACUCCUCAUUUAAUACAACAAACCCAAGAGUUUGUUCUGGCUAUUUGCACUGCCUGUGACUAUAUAGCACAUCACAGAGAAUAUAGAGAAUUUCAUGAUCUCUAUGAGUGGUAUUUCAAUUAAUAUAAGGUCACAUCAGAUUUUUUUACAAACAGGGAUAUUUCAUAGAGGAGUUUUGAUAAUCAUUGCUAAUGGAUGUUAAAUUAUAUUACUCUUACAAGGACAUGCCUCCACGCUAUAAAGCACAUUUAUUUGAAUCUUUUGUUUGUCAGCAGGUUUGCAUUCAUUCAAAUGUUAUUUAAAUGGAUGUUUGUUCAAAAUGAACACAUGAAUAAGACAUACAUUGUAAUAUGCAGUUUGAUUUGAUUAUUUGCCUUAUAAAUAAAGAAAUACAUAAAUGUA